ACGUGAGAGAACAAAAGCCCUUGUUUCCCGCUUUAUCUGGCUUAUAGCCUGUCCCUUAUUUCUUCUUGGGCGUCCUGGCUACCAACUUUGACGUAACAUAGGUUGCUCAGCUCGAUCACCAAGUGGUGCGUUCGGCUAAUAUUUUUUCCAAAGUAUAUUGUCGGCGUUGGCAAAACAUUUUUGGAACUCUUUUUGCCAUGGGAGUGAGGCACCUGGUUGAUUGCUGGUGGCCACGGGAAGCUGCAGUGCCAACAUGGAAGGCGCUGAUUCACAGCAAAGCCAUAGGCGCUGGCUUCUUUUCGUAACACCAGGCAGGAGCCUUUCCUUCCCACACUCAGCCUGAUCGCCUAAUAUUCACAUUCUCUUCUCCCCAACUCCGCACAUCAAGGAAUUCAACGUGCAACAUUUCGGCUUCCUAUUUUUAUUCCACUUCAACAUGGCAGUAUUGGACGAGGUUCCUCAUGUCACUACACGUAUUCGAGUGGCCGGGGAGCUCGCGACAGAAUACGAUCCCCUUGACGGUCAAGAGACCGUGGUCAGCCUUGACAAAGAAGGCUCCAAGAUCCCUGCAAAAACUUGCUAUAUCGAGUCCAAGUCAGGUGCUGAGUUUGUCAUCGACAUCACGGUCUCUGACAAGUAUCAAUUUCCCUAUUCCCACGACUCCUUUAUCGCCCAUGUUUACAUCGAUGGCCAGUGGAUGACUGCUCGGCGUAUCAAGACCCUCUUGUUUCCUGGCCGGCCAAGAACUGUGGCCAUCUCAUCUGCUGAGUUCUUAGCAGAAGAACAGAGGAGAGAAGCAGUGGUCAGCAAGUUUAUCUUUGCCCCUGUCACGAAAACUUCCGAUCACACGAGCGAUGAUAGGCUCAAGAGUGACAUUAAACGUGCGGAAACCUUGGGGACAAUCCAUCUGCGCCUUGAAACAGGCCGAUGCGAAGGAACAAUGCACUGGGAACCACCUAGCUGGCACGGUGGACGAGAGGUCAAGUUGGCGGAAAAGGCGCUGAAAGGCAAGGCAAUAAGCCAUGCAACCUCAUUGGCUGAAACGACGGAGAAACCCAGUACGUACUCAUUAGACAUUAGAGACAAGCGCCUGGUGGGGGAAAUCUUCUUUCGUUACCGAUCUUACCCCCUUCAACAUGAGAUGAUUAUUCCACGUACUCCGUCAUCUAAGCCCUCAGCUACAACUAGCCUCGAUGAAAAUGAACUUUCUCACCUCUCUGAGAGGGACAUUCGCCGUCUCGCUCUGGAAAGACUGCAUGACACUCAGGUCAAGGAUGAGUUUUCUCAGGUCAAACGGGAAGCAGAGGAAGACCCCCGUACGCCUCGACAAUGGAAGUUUGUGAGACUGGAGGAUGGGAAAGAGGCUGUCGAUCUGACAGAUGAUUGAUCUCAAUAUGGAAAACCUUUUCCUCGUCUUGCUAGCGGUCAUGUUAUAUAGAGCCAUUAUGGUUUUGGCU